AUGGGGCGACUCCCGGCAAUUAGCACUCCCCUGCCUGGGACAUUCUUUCAGGCUUUCAGCUCACUGCCGCUGGUGCUCUCCAAAUCCAAAGUCUCAAACAGCGAGGCAUUCGAGAUCCAGUUGCAGGAUCCCCUUUCGAAUCGCUAUCUCAUUUUAUGGCCGACGUUCACUCCCUCUGCACCAAUUUGUGAUUUCCUGCUGUCUACCCCAGGAUCCCAGGUCUCUACUAAAACCCCGCUCCGACUCCAAUGCCUGGGACUGCGUGUCCCCUAA